UUUACACCAGCAAUAAGCACCAUGGAUGAAGACAUGGACAACAGAGAAGAAGUGCCCAGGAGGCCGUGGGACACAGCCCGAGAAGUGCCCAUUAUAGACGACCAAAACACACCAUGGAAACUUAUCAAACUGCUGCGCUUCAUCACGCUCUGCGCAGUCGCCCUGAUCGUGUUUGGACUAGCCCUGUGCAGCAAGACAUCUUUCCUGCUCCUGAUCACCAUGUCGAGUGAGGGCACAAAGGUGAUCCCAGAGGAGCAGAAGCCAGUGUCUCUGCUGUGCAUCGGCUGUGCUCUCAUCACCUCCAGUGUGCUCCUCUUCCUCAAGAGCGUCUGGAAGGCCUGCUACAAAACCUCCAAGUUCCCCCGUGUUGCCACAGUUGCCCUGGUGUUCUUCUUUGAGUUUGUGGCCUCUGCAGGAGCAGCUAUCCUCACCAUAGUGGCUAUGCCACAUUUGGACAUUGUGACCAAUGUGACCAUCUUGAACGGAGCGGCGUUUCUGUCUGCACUGCUGCAGAUGGUGGCUCAGUGCACUGCCAAAGAGAGGAACCGCUUCCUGGUGCCCUCCAUCACCGGCCUCCUCCUCAUCUUGCUGGGCUACGGCCUCUUCGUGGCUCUGUACAUCAUGAAGGACACCAGGGACUUAAACAUGGCCAUGUGGGUGGGGCUGGCAGUGGGAGCCUCUCUGUUGGUGUCUUUUAACUGGUGGGAAAACUACUUUGGACUGAUUAGUGAGCAUAGCAACUCCUUAAAGGUCAGAGUUUUGUAUUAUGACAUGAAGAGAUGUCAGAACAUUCUCAACAUGUUCUCCAGCCUGCUCCGGAUCGCUGUGACCGCAGCAGUUCUGGGAGCCUAUGUCCCUCUGUCCAAGAUGGACUGGGAUGUGGUCAGGUCCAUCCCCGCUCUACAGACCCGGGUCAUAGCCAUCACGGUGGGGGUGCAGCUGGUGUCCUCUGCUCUGUGCCACUGGUUCUCCCUGGCAGCGUGUAAAAUGCAUGCCAUGCGGCGCUGCUUCAUCCUGCCUCUGUACCUGGCCUCUCUGUCUGUCAUGGCCCUGCUGGUGAUCCCUGUGAUCGUCUAUUAUCAGGACUACAGGCUCAACCUAAACGGCACCACCACCAACUUCACACACUAUUGUAAUGUGGUGGUGAGUGGUCGAGAUGGUAACCUGAGCUCCAGUGUGUUCCCUGAGCUGGUCUAUGACGUCACCCACACACUCUGCUUCCUGGACAUGUCCAAGAUCAGUGACAUCGGCAUCCUCACCGGCUCUGCUGUGUCGUGGUGGCUUGGCCUGGUGCUCUGUACCAUCCACCUGUGGCACCUGAGUCUGUAUCGCAUCCAGAGGACUCAGGACCUGUUUGUGCGGAGGAUGUACGAAGGGGGCUUCAUAGAGCAGUCUCUGCUGCUCAACACACGCUUUGAGAUUAGGACCAAAGACAAACUCAAGGGCCUCAAAAAUGUUGAACCUGCCAUGAUUUAUCUGUGUGCAACAAUGUGGCAUGAAACCUAUGAGGAGAUGAUGAACAUUAUAAUAUCCAUCUUCAGAUUGGAUAAAUACAGACCAAGAGACAAUGCAGAGUUCAAUGACUUCAGCUUUGAGGCUCAUAUCUACUUUGAUGACGCAUUCAUGGACAUAAAGGGAAGUCGAGGGCGUCACCUGAAUCAUUUCGCCAAGAAUCUAGUAGAAAUCAUAGCCGAGGUUUAUGGCAUUUUCACAAACAUAGACGAGAAAAUGUUCAUAAAAAAACAGCAGCAUCCAAAACAGAAGAUCAUCAAGACACCGUAUGGAGGUCGGAUAGUUAUUAAAAUGCCCUAUGGGAAUUUUAUCAUAAUUCACUUUAAGGACAAAGAACGCAUCCGCCACAAGAAGAGAUGGUCACAGGUUAUGUACCUGUACUACCUUCUGGGAUACAAGCUCAUGUCCAAAUACUAUUCUCGCUGGAAGAAGGGAGAGGAUGAGAGUUCUCUAAAGCAGGAUAUCCAGAAAGAAAAACACAACACGUACCUCCUGGCUUUAGAUGGGGACACAGACUUCCAGCCUACAGCAGUGGUUCUCCUCAUUGACCGGCUGAAAAUGUAUCCUCGAGUUGGGGCAGCAUGUGGAAGGAUUCAUCCCACUGGAGCAGGCCCAGCAGUGUGGUUUCAGAAGUUUGAGUAUGCCAUCAGUCACUGGCUGCAGAAGACAGCAGAACACGUGUUUGGCUGUGUGCUGUGCAGUCCGGGAUGCUUCAGUCUCUUCAGAGCAGAGGCACUUAUGGACGAUAAUGUGAUGAAGAGGUACUCCAGCAAGUCCCUCGAGGCCAGCCACUAUGUCCAGUACGAUCAAGGGGAGGACCGCUGGCUGUGCACUCUGCUGCUAAAACAGGGCUGGAGAGUGGAGUACAAUGCGGCUUCAGAUGCCUACACCAAUGCACCUGAGGAUUUUAAAGAACUCUACAACCAGCGCCGUCGUUGGGGUCCUUCUACUUUGGCCAACAUUGCAGAUCUCUUGGGAGAAACCACAGUGAUUUCUAAAAGGAAUCCAUCCAUGUCCAAGCCCUUCAUGUUCUACCAGCUCUUUACCAUGAUUUCAGCCAUUCUAGCCCCAGCUACCAUCUGUCUCAUGAUAGCAGGAAGUAUGUCUUUCAUGUUUAACAUGCAUUCGAGCCUGGCCCUAGUUUUAUCUGUGAUUCCCCCUGCCAUUUACCUGGGCCUGUGCUUCAAACUGAAGUCAGACACACAGAUCACAGUCGCAGCCUUCCUCAGUAUCAUGUAUGCCUUCCUUAUGCUGGUGGUGUCCAUGGCUAUUAUUGGUGCCAUGGUGAAAGACAAAACCAUUUUCACUCCCAGCAGCAUGUUCGUAAUCAUCAUGGCGAUCAUAUACUCUGUGACUGCGUUGAUGCACCCACAGGAGUUCCCUCUGGUCUUCUAUGGCUUCCUCUACAUUAUCUGCAUCCCCAGUGCCUAUCUGCUGCUCACUAUCUACUCAAUGGUCAACCUCAACAAUGUCUCAUGGGGAACCAGAGAAGUCAAACCUGCGCCAGGAUCUCAGUCUGACCCCACUAAACCCAAGAGCUCCAGAGAGAAAGCCAAAAGUGCCUUGCAGCGCUUCUUCUCAUGCUCCUGGACCCAGGACUGCUGUAAAAAGCCCAGUCAGAGACCAGAGAGGAGAUCAGUGGCCCAGGAGCCUGUGGUAGAGCCCCAAGAGGAGGAAGUGGAUGGACCCCUGAACACCAUAGUGGACGGCAUCCCCACAACCAACCUCCGGAACGAACCAGUUUAUGACUACCCUUAUCAAUGCUGGGUGACAGAGAUGAAGGAUCUGUGCACUGACAUGGAGCUUGAGGAAGGUUCGCUUGAAAAGGACGAGGAGGAGUUCUUCAUUGACCUGCAGCAGAAGUAUCUCGAACCUUUGCCCAUGGACAAGGCCAAACAGGAGAAAGUCAAAGAAGAGCUAAAAAGCUUGAGAAACAAGAUAAACUUUGCCUUCUUCUUCAUGAAUUCCCUGUGGCUGGUGGCCACAUUCACCCUACAGACUUUUGAAGUGGCCAUCUUUAUCGAGGUGCCAAAGGUCACUGUGGAGCUGGAGAGUCUGGGACAAAAUCUCAAAGUCGACCCCAUUGGGUUCAUGUUCAUCAUUGGAUUUGCUGCGUCAGUUAUCAUUCAGUUUGUGGCUAUGCUUUUCCACAGACUCAACACGCUGAUCCAUUAUGUGGCCUUCUUGAACACGGAGCCAAAACCUGUGUCGAAAACUGAAGACAUAUAUAUGCCACACAAAAAGAAGGUGGUUUCUGCUCCGCCCAGUACAGAGCCUUCCGACUAUGGCUCUGGUUCCAUCCAUACGUCAGAAAUAGAUGAUCAGUCCCAAAUGGACCUGGACUACUUCAGCUCGGACGACAGUGAUGAUGACAUGUUCCCCUAUAUUCCCACCAGGAGCCCAGAUGACGGCACUCUAGUGUAAAACUAAAUGGACAGUAGCACUUUAAAAUAUCCAGUUUUGUGAUCAUUUUCUAUGUUAUUUAUGUUUACAAUCGUUGAUGUGUGAAUAAUGCUAUUUCUGUAUUCAUAGAGCACUUUUUCUGCACCUAAGGGUGCAACAAUUCAACCUCUUUAGAUAUUUAUGUAUUUUAUUUACUUAUUAGAAGUAUGUGCUAUGUGAAGGAUUUUACUGUAAUAUGUAAUAGUUCUGCAAAUGAGAAGCACUGGGGAGAAUAUUGAAGUAAACAACCUUCUAUGUGAUAGUAUUGUAGAUGUGUUUUUAAAGGUAACUUUUCGCCUGGGGGUAUGCAACUGCUUGUCUCCAUGGAGAUGUUAUUACUAACUCUAGAGUGUUCCACAGUAUGGCAUUAAACUGAUCUAUUUUCCAGUUAUUCAAUUACAGGAGUUUUCAAUGUUAAACAUAACAUGUUACUUUUACUGGGGAGACCUCUCCACAGAUCUGACUUGUAACUUGGCUCAUCAGUGUCACCUGCUUGUUUCCAUGUAGAUAAUUAUUCAUAUUUAAUGCCAUACUGUUGAAUAUUUCAGGCAGAGUGAUCUCGUCUCCAUAGCGGCCCUCCAUGAUAAAAGUUACCCUUUAAAAUGAAGGAUAUUCACAGGGUAAGGGAAGAAUAAAACUCAGGGUAUUACAUAGUUAUGAACAAAAUGUAUUGACAGUGUUAAACGAAAUACUGACGCUCCAUUUGGCAAGAAUGAAAAUAUGAUGUAUUUUACUGUUGAAUUUUCAUGUGCCCAGUGAAAUGACAUUUUUGAAGUAAAAAAAAAAGAAA